ACGCACGCCUUGAACAGUGGAUGAGACGACCCUGAGCUUCCUGGCCCACCCAUGUAAUUCACUGUGCUUGUGACGUCGGGGACGCCAGACUCCAGCAGGCGUGGGAUGCCCUUACCCGCCCCAGAAGUCACAGGCGUCACCGCGCCUUUCCACGCCACCAGCCCGGGGAAAGAGAAGGGGCGGGGACCUGGCAGCAACUGGGCUGCCCGUCUCGCAGCCAAGAGAGGCAAGGCACCUCCCCGGCUUCGCAGCGGUGACCUCCGCGGUCCUCCAGGCCGCUCGCCCUCCGGCUGCGCCCGCCCCAGGACGCCGGCGCCGGGUCCCCGCGCGACUACCUCCUGGCGUUGGCACUCCCCUCCUCCUCCUCGCUCGCCCCUCCUCCGCCUCUUCCGUUUCAGAGGGAAAGUCUGCAGCCUCUUUCUGGGCUCCGCAUCCCCGCUUAGGUAAUCCUCUUUCCUGCUUGCGCCACCCCUCCCCGGUGUCCCCGCGCCAGCGUCUCCUCCUCCGCGCAUCUGGGUCCCCGCGAGCGGCGCGCGCUCCAUCGCCUCCGCGGAGAGCAGCCAAGAGCCAGAGGAGCCAGAGGGCGGGGGAACCUUUAGAAAUGUCAGACAUUCUCCGGGAGCUGCUCCGUGUCUCCGAGAAGGCUGCUAACAUCGCCCGGGCGUGCCGGCAGCAGGAGGCCCUCUUCCAGCUGCUCGUGCAGGAGAAGAAAGAUGCGGAGAAGAACAAGAAGUUCGCGGCGGACUUCAAGACCCUGGCCGACGUGCUGGUGCAGGAAGUCGUAAAGCAGAACAUGGAGAAUAAGUUUCCAGGCUUGGGGAAAAAAAUUUUUGGCGAAGAAUCCAAUGAAUUUACAAAUGAUUUGGGGGAAAAGAUCACCGUGGAGCUGCGGUCCACGGAGGCGGAGACAGCAGAGCUUCUCAGCAGAGUCCUGGAUGGCAACGUGCCGGCGUCUGAAGCGCUGGCGAAGGUGGUGCAUCAGGAUGUGGACCUAAGUGACCCCACUCUGGAGUCCCUGGAGAUCAGGGUCCCACAGGAAAUUCUGGGGAUUUGGGUGGACCCCAUAGAUUCCACCUAUCAGUAUAUUAAAGGUUCUGCCGAUGUGAAAUCCAACCAGGGAGUCUUCCCCAGUGGGCUUCAGUGUGUGACGAUUUUGAUUGGUGUCUAUGAUAUACAGACAGGCGUGCCCCUGAUGGGAGUCAUCAACCAGCCUUUUGUGUCUCAGAAUCUAACUACUCUAAGGUGGACGGGGCAGUACUACUGGGGCCUCUCCUACAUGGGGACCAACAUCCAUUCCCCGCAGAUCGCCCUCUCUAAAGGGACCGGCGGUGAAACCCGGACUGAAAACUCAGACGGGGAGCUCUCCCGCCCCCUUUCCGCAGUCAUCAGUACCAGCGAGAACGAGACCAUCAAAGCGGCGCUGUCGCGAGUGUGCGGAGGCGGCGUCUUCCCGGCAGCGGGGGCAGGCUACAAGAGCCUCUGUGUAGUCCAAGGCCUGGUUGACAUUUACAUCUUCUCAGAGGACACCACGUUCAAGUGGGACUCCUGUGCCGCCCACGCCAUUCUGAGGGCCAUGGGUGGGGGCAUUGUAGACAUGAAAGAGUGCUUGGCGCGAAAUCCCGAACCGGGGCUGGACUUACCACAAUUGCUGUAUCACACGGAAAACAAAGGUGCUUCCGGAGUGGAUCUCUGGGCCAACAAGGGAGGACUGAUAGCCUAUAGGUCCAGGCAUCGGCUGGACACUUUCCUGAGCUGCCUCAUCCAAAACCUCGGACCUUUGAAGACACAGACAUAGGGCCCUGACCUCAACUUGCCCUAAAGCUGAACGGAACCCCUUUGUGCUGUCUGUUAAUGUUCCCUUGUCUCUUUUCAGGGACAUUUUCCCGUUAUGUGUUCAUAAUGUUAAUUUCUGUAAAUUAAUGACAUUCAUGUCACAACUAAGUUGGUAUAUGAUAUUCUUACAGGGAACCUUGUUCUGUUAAUGUUGCUUGGAACUCUUCAAUAAAAUUCCAAGGGAGGAGUGAAUUGCCCGGCUGGAGUAGAAUGGCUGAAUGGAGCCAGGCUGGAGCUGGGUUUUAUUUCUCAUCCUGGAGAAGAAAUCUGUGGUUCGGGCCUGAGGCAGGAGAUUCAGAACUGUGGAUCUGAAUAAUGGAGCCAAGUGCAUAGGCUUUCAAUAGUUUGUGUUUCUCCUUUAAAAUAAAUAAGUAAAAGCUCGAUGCGGAGGCAGGGAGGGAAUUGGAAAUCAGGAAACAAAAAGAAGAGAUAUACAGAGACUGGAGAAAGCAUGGAGAGAGAGAGAGAGAGAGAGAGAGAGAGAGAGAGAGAGAGAGAGAUAUGCAGUCAAGUGAUAGCUAACUUCCUACCAUAGGUCAAGCAGAAGAGGUGUGUGUGUGUGUGUGUGUGUGUGUGUGUGUGUGUGUGUAAAUGUAUAUGCAAGUGAGUGAUAGCUAACCUCCUACCAUAAGCCAAGCAGAAGAGGUGGGGCAAAGAGCUCUCUCUGUUUUGCAUAGCUAUUUACUCUCUACUGUAACCCCAGUGUGACCCUCUGUUUUGCCACACUAACGAGUCUUAGAGCUGUGCAGUGUCCUUCCGCAGCCCAGGUCACCCUGGUGAUGUCCACUGGAGGGAUCAAGCAAACCUUCAGCCGGCUGCAGUCCCUCCGUGCUCUCUGGGUACUGAUGGCUGUUUCUACGUUAAUAUUACAAUCCCAUGUUACUGGGAGGAAUAAUACCCAAGUUACUGGGAGAAAGUCAGACCUGUUUGUUUCUUCCGUUAUUCUUAAACUCGAGAAAUGAGUUGACAAAUAAUGUAUGUAUUUUUAUGUUGUACACUUGUGAUUCUUUGAAGUGCGCAUGCUACAUGGAGCCAAUAGCUCACCCUUUGUGGUGAGGAGACCGACAAAUAUUAAUAGUAAUCUUCCAGGAUAUGCCCCACUGUUAACUACAGUCGCCAUGUUGGAUGGUAGAUCUCUUGAACAUUCUAACUGAAAUUUCAUCCCCCUUUACCAAUGUCUCUUCCUAACUCCCCCCCUGCCUCAGCUCUAAGUCGACGACAUUCUACUCCUCGCUCCUGAGUUUGUUUUUUAGACUGCAGAGAGAAUCCAGCUCUGUAACGGCAAAGCUCAAAUCAGUCGGCCUUGCAGGACCUGUGACAAACACUGGAUGAUUCCAGAAUCCUGACUGCUGUGGUCAAUACUAUAAUAAACAUGGGGCGUACUUCAAGGAGGAACGGAAGAACAGACUCCACAAAGCUGUCCUCGGAUCUCCACGCGGGCACAUGUGCACCCGCAUACGAUAAUAAAGUUGAGACAGUUAGACCCUGUACAGAACAGAAGCCCUGACCUCGGUUCGUUCUUCUUCCUUUCCAUUGCGAUCACACACAUGAGUCCCAUAAACUCUCUGGCGUGUUGGCACCUCCUCGUGGGAGGGGCAGAGAAGCUCAUGUGACUUCAUGGAAAUUUUAGAAGGUUCCCCACGGAGGUUACGCAAAAAGAAAAUAAUGGACCAUGGCGGAAGAGGGAAGAGGAUUCUUCUGUUGCGCAGCUGCUCAUAGUUGCCUAGGGGGUUCUUCAGGGGUGUGGCCUAAUUAAACUCCGUCCCCUCCCCAGCCCUCAGCAAACACCAUUCCACUCCCUGUCUCUAUGGGCGGGGCUACUUCAAAUUACCUUAGUUAAUCGGAGUCAAAUUUUUGUGUCUAUUUUGUGAAUAGCUAAUUUCACUUAGCAUGUUAGCUUCAUUCAUCUUACAUGUAUGUCAGCAUUUCCCCCUUGUUAAGGCUGAGUGUUAUUCCAUGGCCUGUGUUCUGCCGUUUUUGUUUAUCUUUUCAUUUUUUCCCCUUAUUUCUGUCUUUGGUGGCUGUACGCAAAGCUGUUAUGAACAACAAAUUCCCAAAUAUUGGAUAAUAGUUUCUAUAUGCAGUAAUGUAUAUUUCAAUUGCAGUCAUGUAGAGACAAAUCACUAAUCACAAUUGAAGGUAUGGAGGAUUGUAUAAUACUUGAUCACAGAAGCAAAAAUUAAAAUGCUAUGCUGAGCUGGGGGAAGCAGAAAUAACUUUUUCUGAAAACAAAGCUCGUGAUCACUGAAUAUUUUUGCGAGCAUUUCUGAUAAUUUAUGUACAUCUAUUCCUAGAAUUAUGCUUUUAUAGGUGUCAAAUGAUCACCACUAUCAAAAAUUAUUCUAAAUAUGUCCUUAAAAUAGUAUAGUAAGGGCUGGGGAGAGGAUGGCUCAGUGGAUACAGUUCUAAAUAUGAAAAUCUGAAUUUGCAUCUCCGCACGACACAGGAGCCAAGCGUGGCAGCUUGCAUAGCCCUGACUCCAGGGCUGGAGUGAGUGAAACAAGAUAGGCCAUGGAGGUUGACCAGAUAGCCUAGCCAAACACAGUUGAGCUUUAAGUUCAGUCUCCUAGUUAGCGACAGGGAGCAUCUCAGCUGGGGGAUUGCCUUGAUCAGAUUGGCCUAGGGAAUACCUGUAGGGAUAUUUUCUUUUCUUUCUUUUUUUUUGUUCUUUGUUUUGUUUUUUCAAGACAGGCUUUCUCUGUGGCUUUGGAGCCUGUCCCGGAACUAGCUCAGGCUGGCCUUGAACUCACAGAGAUCCGCCUGCCUCUGCCUCCUGAGUGCUGGGAUUAAAGGUGUGCGCCACCACCGCCCAGUGGAUAUUUUCUUAAUUGCUACUUGAUGUAAGGGACCCCAGUCCAGUGCGGGUGGUACCAUCCCUCAACAGAUAAGCCUGAGCUAUAUAAGCCUGGCAGAUGCUAGAGAAAACAGUAGGCAGCUU